AUGUCGAACAAUAUGACUGAGGUGUGUGAAGUUUUAAAAAGGACUUUGCGGGUCGACAGGAUUCCAGAGAUGGAUAAAUACUACAAACGAAUUGAAGAGACGGAAGAUCAAUUUGCUGAUAUGGCGCGAUGCGUUGGAAAAUACGCCACGAUUACAGAGAAGCUUGCACAUAGAGGAGAAAAAUUAGCUUCAGCGAUAGGAAUUUGCAGUUCGGACCAGGAAAGCAAAAAUGCCUUCAAAAGCAAUUUAGCAAACUACACCAGACAUUUGUCUACGAUCCAGACACAGCGGAGUGUGUUGAAAGACAUUCUCAACGGAAAGAUCUCAAGUGACCUCACGGCUUAUGAAGGGAAGUGUCUGCAAAUGAAGAAAAGCGUGAAAGCGUGCGAGAAUGCAGUGCGCAAAAAGAACCACAGGUUUCUUCUGCUUCAAAAGGCAAAAAAUAAGACGCCUAUGGACCCUAGAAAUAUCAACGAUGCAAACAUAAAAUUCGAGAAAGCUCGCUGUGAGGCAGAACGUUCAUGCGAAGAUGUUAAGAUGGCAAUGAAGCAUUUUGAGGAGCAGAAGUGGAAAGACUUGCAUCAUAUUCUUGGUGACUUCCUACUUGCUGAGAUGCGCUUCCACGCGCAAGCACUUCAGGGCUACACCGCUGCUUUUAAGUGUCUGCCCCUGUUGUCUGAAGGAGAUGAUGUGGAUAGACCUCGCGGGAAUCCUCGCGGGAACAGUCGCGAGUCCUCCCGCGAUAAGAGAGAAAGAAGAGUGGCGUUUUCUGGUUCUGAUGAUGACACCAGACUACCAGUCUCGCAAAUUGACCUCAGGCGGAGAUCUGAUUCAAGUGAUUCGAAACUAUCUAUAAGAGAUCUUGACUGA